CGCUGGUGCACAUUUAUCACAUGGGUGCUCCACAGAACUGUUGGGCAGCGACAGCGAGUAUGAGAUGGAUCAGAGUCGGCAGAAGACCCACUCCUUCGUCAACCACUACAUCAGCGACCCCACCUACUACAACUCGUGGCGGCGGCAGCAGAAGGGGGUCUCUCGCCCCCCCGCCUACGGCUACUCCCAGCCCGAACCCCUGGUGGAGCAGGAGUCACGGCCGCACCCGCCCCCCGUGCCCCCUCUGCCCCCCCUCCUGCCCCAGAGCGCCCCUUCCCCACAGCCCCAGCCCCAGUGCCAGGGCACCCUGUUCAGGCCUAAGGGAAGCCGGACUCCCACCCCCUCGUUGCUGUCCUCCGACCCCCCCAGCCAGCACGGCAGUACCCUGUACCGCCCCCCCAGCAGCCUGGGCUGUGCCGCUCAGGCGCCCACCGCCGGCUUCUCCUCCUUUGUUUGACACAUGGCUCUCCUUCCAAUAACAACAGGACGCUGAGGACCAGUCUUUGAUUUUUGUUGUUGUUGGUUUGAUUGUGUUUUUCUUCUUUUUUGAAAUCUUUCGUUUAUUCUGUCUUAUUGACAGAGUCGUUGCUCAAUAUUAAGCAUCGCAGGCAUCUUGAAUAAGCGCUUUCUCCUCUGUGAAGAGUGU